AUGGAAGACAAAGCUCGCAUGUACCAAUUAAAUGGCGUUGCGCACGUGGCUGGAAACAUCGACCAAGAGCCUACUAGGGUUAUUACCUGUGUUAGGAGACAACAGAAUAUGCCUCUACACGAACGGAUUAUACCGUAUCUAGAGACUGCGGACUUGUAUCACUUGGAUAGGCUGAUCAGUCAGUGGUUAUGGGUUAAUGAGCCUCUACUUAGCGCAUUCGUUGAGAGGUGGCGCCCUGAGACCCACACUUUUCACAUGCCGUUUGGGGAGUGCGCUAUCACUUUGCAAGAUGUGGCAUAUCAGCUAGGUUUGCCCAUCGAUGGGGAGGCCGUUAGUGGGUGCCUGACUGACUUUGAGAAUCUGAUGGACAACAGAAGACCAACAUGGGAGUGGUUUCGGGAAUUGUUUGGCGAGCUACUGCCGCCGAAUAAAGUCAAGCAGAUGACGGUUCACUUCACAUGGUUCCAUGAGAGGUUUUGGGAUCUCCCAGCAGAUACGAGUGAGGAGACCGUGCGUAUACACGCGCGUGCUUAUAUUAUGAUGUUGUUGUUGUCUCAGCUGUUUGCGGACAAGAACGCAAACCGGGUUCACCUUCGCUGGUUGCCAUAUUUGGCAUUGAUGGACGACUUGGGAAGAUAUAGCUGGGGCUCGGCUGCACUGGCCUGGUUGUAUAGAUGCCUAUGUCAUGGGACAAACAGAAACGUUGUUAACGUGGCCGGACCACUACAACUACUACAGUCUUGGAUUUUCUGGAGGUUUUUCAGUCUCAGACCUUGUGGUUUUGAUGUGUUUGAAUUUCCGCUGGCAUCCAGGUGGGCAACAUAUCUGCCGACAACCGAUGCAGGGGAUCAAAGAGUGGUGUCAUCACGCCUUUGUUUGGAUAGAUUGCGUGAUCGCGAUUUUCUGUGGGAUCCUUAUUCUGCUCCCGAUGUGGCAGCUAUUGUUCAUCCGGAUAUACUUGUUGAGGAGCACCGUAGGCUAUGGAUGGCGGCCAUGAGCCUAAUAUAUUUUGUUGCGAUAGAGUGGCAUCAGGUGGAUAGAGUGGUACCGCAGUUCGGUGGGGUUCAGCAUCUCCCCCAGUUAGCUCUGAACAUAGAUUGGCUCCAUGCGAAGGAUGGUAGGGGUGGAGAUCGAUGGUUCUCCAGUUAUUAUCAGGAAUGA